UAACAAAAUUCUUUCUCGCGGAGCGAAACGAUCUCUCUUCGAUCUCUCAUCUCCUCUCUCUUCCGCAGAUUCGUUCUCUCUUCUCAUCGAAACCCUAGAUUUGUACCGGUUCAGAAACCCUAGCCCUACUUCAAGUCCGAUGGCGGGAUCGGCGAGCACGUGGGCCCACGCGCUGACUCGGAUCUCUCCGUACACCUUCGCAUCGAUCGGGAUCGCGCUCUCUAUCGGCGUCUCCGUUCUCGGUGCUGCUUGGGGGAUUUACAUUACGGGGAGUAGCUUGAUAGGUGCUGCGAUCAAAGCGCCUAGAAUCACGUCUAAGAAUCUUAUCAGCGUUAUCUUUUGUGAGGCUGUUGCUAUAUAUGGCGUUAUUGUUGCAAUCAUCCUACAAACCAAGCUAGAAAGUGUCCCAGCAUCUCAGAUAUAUGCUCCAGAAUCUCUAAGAGCGGGAUAUGCAAUCUUUGCUUCUGGCAUUAUAGUGGGCUUUGCAAACCUUGUUUGUGGGCUUUGCGUGGGAAUAAUUGGAAGCAGCUGCGCACUUUCUGAUGCUCAGAACUCCUCCCUCUUCGUGAAGAUUUUGGUCAUUGAAAUCUUCGGUAGUGCCCUUGGUUUAUUCGGAGUGAUUGUAGGCAUUAUCAUGUCAGCUCAAGCAACUUGGCCAGCAAAAGCAGCGUGAGAUAUUGUCGUAAGUAGACUAGCAUUAUUGUGUAUUCCCAGGGGAAAAAGAAGUUGCCCUUUUUAGGGUUUGAUAAAUGUUGCCAAUUUGGUCUAUGUUGAGCAUGUAGAUACAUGCUUUGUAAAAUUUCAUUUACUUGGUCUUUUGAACAAGAGAGAACUAUUUGUGUUCUGAUCAAUAUAAAGUUUAGAUGCUGCUUUUAUUUGUAAGGAUUUAAGGUUUAGAUUUACUGCAUGUACUGAGGCUACUGCCCAAGUCCUGAAUAAUGAGAGAUCUAAUUCUUUCUUAUUA